CUAUAGCUAUAUGGCUAUUGAGAAGCAAUGCUCUAAUAAGUUUAAAAUUUAUAUUUAUAGGUCAUGGUAUGUUUUCCUUAUUUUCACACUAAAACAUUCAGAGAUAACAAUUAAUUGUCAUUUCGUCUGUCUUUAUUGCACUGCUAGCAUCAGAUACACGUAUUUCACAUGAUUUCGAUACAGCUUGAAAGUUUUAUUUUAAAAAUAAUGUACUGAUUAAAAUAUAGUUUCUGCCAUUCUUUGCGAAUGACUACGUUUAGUAAUAAAAGUCAACGAAUGGCUGUUUUGUCUUUUCAUGAAGAAACAAUCUGGCAGACUGCCGCCCGUGUGCAGGCCUUCUUAAGGAUUCAGUUUUGAUUUUUGAUCAGUAAGGUCAUUAGACACCGUAUAACUACAGUUAAGCAGCGUUCGAGACACAAAAUUUCAUCGAUGGAUUCCAGAACCUCAAAGUCAGAUGCUCGGAUGGGACACCAUAUUUUGGAGCGUUUCUGAUACCGUUCGUUAUUAUGACUUUCGUUUGCGGAGUGCCACUAUAUUUCCUAGAAUACACGAUAUCAAAGUUUUCUGGAAGAGGGCCAUACCAAGUAUGGGACUUUUGUCCCUUACUCAGAGGAGUGGGGAUUACCGUUUCGUUUGCCUACUUUUUAUAUAUAGUCGGUACAAGCAUCUUUCGUUGUUGGCUAUAUGAGUUUGCCUAUUAUUCUUUCUACAAUCCAAUUCCAUUUACAUCCUGCAAUAACCCAUGGAACACAAACACCUGCAGAAAUGAAUCAACUAUCAAACUCUACAGUGGAUCUUCUAUGGUGAACAUGAACAUGAGUACCGUGUCAGUCAUGUACGUGGAGAAUGAUGUCAGUACAUCCAAGAUCGAGAUACCAAUAAUGUCCGCUGCUGAGGAGUUUUGGCAGUUCCAAGCUUUGAAACUAUCAACAGGUAUCGACGAUUAUUCACAUAUUAUAUGGAAAUACGUCCUCGUGAUGUUUGUCUUUCGAAUAAUUGUGUCGUUAACUGUCGUCAAGAGUAUAAAAACCAUAGAAAAGGUAAUGUACGUCACUCUUUCAUUCCCGAUCCUGUUUUCUAUAGCGUUGUUCAUCCGCUCUAUGUUAUUGCCUGGAUCAUCAGAUGGAGUAUAUUACUAUUUCUACCCCAACUUUGCAAAGCUUUUGAACCCUAGGAUUUGGAUAGAGGCAACCUUGAUGGUGUUCUACACACUCGCCUUUGGAUGGGGAGCGAUUAUGGUAAUGGGAUCACAUGCCUCAUUUCGUGAUAAUAGCUACAGGACAGCUAUUGUUUGUACUUUCGUGGACGUAGGAAUUGCGAUUUUUAACGGAAUGGUUUGCUUCUCCGUUCUGGGCAACAUGGCUCACACUUACGGGAUCCCUAUCACCGAGGUGAUCAAUGCAGGGUUUUCCACUGGUUUGGUAUCGUACAUUACAGCCCUCAGCACUUUGCCUUUGCCUCAGCUUUGGACAUUUUUAUUUAUAUUGUCAGGAGUCUUGUCUGGAAUGGAAGCACAGAUGAUUCCGAUAGAGAUGGUGAUUCAGCUAAUUGGAGACUUGUUCCCGAGACUGAAGGCUGGGUUCCGCAUUCCCACCUUGAUUGGCAUAACUGUUGUAAUGUUUUUCCUAUCACUUCCAACAUGCACAGGAGCCGGAGCGUACCUUUUCUUGCUGGUAGACUGGUACGCAGGAACAUGGACGGGAACAAUUGUUGCUUUAUUUGAGGUUAUAUCUAUUUCUUGGGUAUAUGGUUUGGAUCGUUUUAGUGAAGAUAUACAUGUUAUGUUGGGUCGUCCUCUCCAUGCAGUGUUUCGGUGGCUCCUCGCUUUCAUUUCGCCUGCAACUGUGUUGGUUAUAUUUUUCAUGAGUUGUGUGGAGUAUGUUCCCCCUAACUACGGGUCGUAUCAUUACCCUGGUUACGCACAAGCUAUUGGGUGGGGAAUGGUUGUAAUCGCCGUGGUCCCGGUAUUCGGCUACGCUGUUCUCAAUAUCUACCGGGCCAAAGGCACCGUUACUCAGAGAAUCAGUUCCCUGUGUAGACCCACCGACACGUGGGGACCAUGCGGGGAUGGAAUGGAUUGCAACUACAGGAAGAACAAAAUCAAAUACUCGGAGAGAACAUUCUGGGAUCUGUUCUACUUCAAUGUGUUUGGUCGAUAUCCAAAGAAAUCUGCCAUGAAAUUAAUGUUAGAACACGAACUGGCUGUUCUUAGAUCUGAGAAUAAUGUGUUUGCGUAAAAUUAAUUCAUGUAAGAGGUUGCAAAUAGGUUCUGUUAAAUCUUAAAUAUUACCUGUAUCUUUAUUAAAUUAUAAUAGAAUAGCACCCGCCAUAUCACAAUCCUGUAAAACCGUUAUAUUUAAGCAGAAUCUUAGCAAAACUUGCUUGUCAAUCAAAGAAGAAUUCAGGAUCGAGUCAAUCAAUAAGUGACGCACCAAACAUAUUUUAUUCAAGCGCAAUCUGGCAAUACAAAAUUUAGAGAGUUUUUUCACGUGAUAUAUACACGCUGCUUGCUGGCGGUGUUUGGAUAUACGCUGUUAAGAAUUUCAGAAAGAAGAAAUUCCGUCCGCUUUUUCAUUUCAUUUUUAUCUGCAAAAAAGAAAGCCAAGAUAAAAUCUUGUAAUUAAAGUCACAGGGCAAGGGCUGUAACUAUGACAAAUUACACCCAAAAUUGAAUAUUUGUUGAAUCAUAUUUGGAAAAAUAAAAUUGAUGUGCUUAUUUUGAUGAAGAUACUGUUCUCACCAAGUUACCCUCGAAUAAUUUUCUUAUAUGUCAAUGCUACAGACUUAUCGAAGAUCAGAUCGUUUCAAAGUUUAUAUUCUUUUUAUGAUACCUUUAAACAAUUUUUUACAUUAAACUGAGCAUAAAUGUUUGCAAAAUAUGUUUUAUGACUUUAAUAUCACGAUAGAGUAUCAUACUUGAUCUAAUCGUUCUUAUAGGUUUACAUCUCACACUUCUUGGCCUCUAAAAUGUUUAGUACGAAACUAUUCGCAGCCGAUGAUGUCCUUAAUUCCCUUUCGUUUUCAAUAUAAUAUGUUCAAUGUUUGGGCAUAUUCUAAGGAUCCACUGUGAAUAAAUGUGACUAUAUGACAUGGAAAAUAUUAUAUGCACAAAGCAAAAUAAUCACGAUAGAAUUAAGAAUGAACCUUGUUCGCUUCUGACACUCUUUUAAGCUUCUCAUACUGGUGGAAAUUGCUGACAUGCUAUCUCGCUUGCUCAUAUAUCCAAUCGUAUCAAUAUCUUUGCUGAUAAAGCAAUAUUUUUUGCUGGUAUAAUCAUAACGUAUACAGUUCAGCAUUUGAGUUUUAAUGUGUAUUGUCGACCAUUGGUAUUCCAUUGAAUGAUUUGUGCGUCAAAAUACAC